ACUAACUCAUUGUCAUUGUCAAAUUCAAAACCAAAACAAAAUACGUCUGCAGUGGAAAUAGAAAUUCAAAUGAAUAUUUUGUUGACAUUAUUUACAAAUAAAAAGUUUCGUUUGUGACUAUAAGUGUAACAAGGAACAUUUAUUCUAGCUGAUAAUGGAUUUGAAAACAUUUUCAGAGAGUGAUUUCGACCCAAAAAAAUGGAUUAACAAAGCCUGGAGUAUCAGUGAGAAUCAAGAAAAAGAGGUUUUUGUGGGCAACACAGUGGCGCGUUUGCAGCUAUAUAUGAAACAACUCAGCAACUCGCUGGAUGAGACCACCACUCAGAUAGUGUCCUCAGUCCCCCGUAUCCUGCAGGAUGCUUCGGGGCUGCAGCUGGAGGGCGCCAUGUUACAGCAGAAGCUGGUCACCCUGGAGCAGCAGGUGCAGGGUGUGGAAGAGCAGACCGGCCACUCCAUACAGAGUCUGCAGCGGAUAGACCAGCUUAAGAGCAGCUUAGAGAAUGCAGCAUCAGCUCUCCGGGAAGCCGACAAAUGGGUUGCCCUGGCGACGUCCCUGGAGGAGGUGCUGGAGUCAGGAGUACCCACACAGAAGGACAAGCUGGCUGAACUGGCGGAGCAAGUCACAGCCAUGACAGCUAGCUUAGAGGUGCUAAGCGACUCUCCCGACUACGAAGUAAAGAGGGUGCAGCUAGAGACGCUGUACAACAGACUCGAGGCGGCCAUCACUCCGCCAUUCGUCGAUGCGUUGACGCAAAUGGACGCUGAGCGCACGCGCGCCUACGUGCGCGUGUUCGUGGGCAUGUCACGGUCCGCGUCCGCCUGCCGCUGCUGGCGGCGCGCGGCGGGCGCACGGCUGGCGCUGGGCUGGCGGCACGAGCUGCGCCCGCUCGCCGACAGCGCGCCGCAGCAGGUGGAGUGGCUGACAUCAGUGCUGAGGUCGGAGACUCCUCUCGCAGAGCUCCUGCAGCUGUACACCGACCUGCUGCAGACCCUGGAGCCUUCGCCCACCAAGAUAGCGACGGCGACCUUCAAACUGUGUCAGAGUCCUGACGAAGGUCUCGCAGUGCUGAUGGACAUCAGGACAGACAUCGACGAGUUCAUCAACUGUAUCAGGAACGUCAUAGACGCGCCGAGACCUAACAAAGGUAAUAUCCCUCUCCCAACGCGCGCUGCGAGCGGCGGCGCGCCGCUGCUUCGUGAUAUAGAUCGUGCUGCGUGUAAGAACCAGCUCAUGACUAAGGGCCCCGUAUGCCUCGCAGUGCUGAUGGACAUCAGGACAGACAUCGACGAGUUCAUCAACUGUAUCAGGAACGUCAUAGACGCGCCGAGACCUAACAAAGAGGAGCUUCGCCCCGCGGCUCUGCGCGCGUUGGGGCGCGCGGCGUACGCGCCGCUGCGGGAGCUGAUGCCCAAGUACACGGACAUACAGACGACGCUGUUCCUGGCGCGUCUGGUGGGCGACAACCAGAUCCUGAAACAGGACGACCUUCUAGAGUAUUCCAGGACUAUGCUGUUAGUGGCGGAGAGGAGCGAGGGUUUGCUUCACGCCGCAUACAACAGGGGGAGGAACAUCGCGGGGCCUGCCGUCUACCCCUUCUACUCUCCCGCCGUUGAGGCAUUCGCAUCUGGCUUCCUGAACCUCAUAACCUCACACAUGCGUCACAUAGAGAGCUCCUUCCUGUCCUCCGUCAACGCGGGAGAGAGAGCUGGAGUAUUGAGUGACACGUUCCCCGCCUCUCUGGUGCUGGAGAGUGCCGUCGCGCAGUUCCUCAGCGUGCUGGCAGAGCGGCAACGCGUGGAGGAGGCUGACGGAGUGUCAAAACCACAGCACCCGCUGUUGGACCUGUCCGCCUUUCUGUUAGAGUCGGACGCCCGCGACACGGCCAGGGCGCCGCCCCCCAGCGUGGCAGGGCUCCGCCGGGCUAAGGACGCGUUGAGGAACCUCGCGCGGUCCAUAUUGAGGAACCCCAUUGAUAAACAAUUGGAUAAAAUCCCUCAGCUAUCCGUUUGGUAUAACAAUGACGCGCUGUCGACCGAUCUGCCCGACUUCGCGCUGUCUCCCCAGGAGUACAUCACCGAGAUAGGUCAGUACCUGAUGACGCUGCCGCAGCAUCUGGAGAUGCAUCUGUCGGAGAAGCAGGCGCCCUGGCAGUUCCUCAGCGAGCUGUGCACGCACACGUGCGAGAUGUACGCGCAGAAGAUCCUCAACAUUCGCAACAUGGACGCGCUCGGCACCAAGCGCUGUCUCACGGACAUGAUGUAUCUGUCGUCUGUGGUGGACGACCUCGGCGGCAGCGUGACCCCCGCGCUCAAGACAUUGGAGCACUCGCUGCGCGCCUCCGCGCCCGGUGACCCCGCGCACUGACUUCAUCAGUGGCGUGCAUAGGUGUUUAACUAGAGUAGGCAGUAUACGUGAAUAUUUCACAAAAUUGAAGAUUCCUUCUUCAAUACAGGUUCUUACUGAGUCCUCAGGGUAGGCAGCACAUUUAUGCAUCUAUGAGGUGCACGCCACUGGACUUCAUAUAUAGUACAUGUUAAUAAUGUAAUACAUAUGUUAUUUAUUUAAAUAAACAUGUUUAAAAAUAA